AUGGCAAGGUUACCGACCCCAGUCUUGCUGCGGUCUUUAGUCAUGACUUCUCUGAUGUCCUCUAAAAUCCUUAUGCGACCAGCGCUUACCAUACUGAGCGUUAUUGCUACUUCAAGAUUGCCAUUCCUGAACGCAGAUCGAAAUAGCAUCCUGAAUAGGGCUCUUCGGCUUACGGUUUACGAUCACUUUUGCGCAGGCACCAAUCAUGCAGAGGUCUCGAAGACAAUAGCAGACACCAAGCGGAUUGGGUACCAGGGUGUUAUCCUGGGAUAUUCCAAGGAGACCGUAUUGAACCCCAAUGAUCAAUCAUCAACAGAUUCUAUUUCUGCUAAGUAUAGCGACCGGUGUUAUGAAAUGGUUGAGGAAUGGAAGGAAGGAACCUUGACGACCUUACGCAUGCUCGAGCCGGGGGAUUUUCUGGCUGUAAAAUUGACAGGGGCCGGCCCGAUUUCGGUAGAUGCCAUGGCAGCGCGUCAGCCAAUGCCUGAGGUUGUGGCAAAAGCCGUGGACACGAUCUGCGUCGCAACCGCACAGCAAGGCUCACGUCUCUGGCUCGACGCAGAGCAACAGGUACUCCAACCCGGAUUGGAUAAAUGGGCCAUCAAGAUGAUGCGCACGCAUAAUCGAUCGGAGACGCCGGUAGUCUACAAUACAAUCCAAGGGUAUCUCAAGGGGUCGAAGGCGAACGUCGACAAGCAUAUCAAGUUGGCAGCGCAAGAGGGAUGGUCACUAGGGAUCAAGCUGGUACGCGGGGCGUAUAUUGAGCAUGAAAAUCGUGCCUUGAUCCACGACACCAAGGAAGAAACAGACCGUUCGUAUGACAUGAUUGCAAACACGUUGCUUUGUCGACGACUACCGGCUGAAGUUGAGCAUCUGCAGUUCCCACCUGUAGCCCUCUUUCUUGCCACUCACAAUGCGGCUAGCACGGCAAAGGCUAUCACUACGCACCAGGAACGUUUACUUGCAGGACAGCCUACAGUUAAACUCGAGUGCGGGCAGGUUCAAGGCAUGGCGGAUGAGCUGAGUUGUGAGUUGUUGCAGAAGUACGAGCAUGCCCUAGUUCAAUCGUCUGCUGCAGAGGUGUCUCUUCCAAAGACUUUGAAGUGUUUAACGUGGGGAUCUGUGGCUGAGUGCAUGGGAUAUCUACACCGACGGGCAAUUGAAAACCGAGGCGCUGUAGAGCGAACACAGCAUAUGGCGGCCGCUAUACGGGCAGAGAUGUGGCGGAGACUCUUUGGGUGA